AUGGAGGUGCGGCAGCUGCUGACCGACGACCCAUCCGGCGGGUGGGACAAGGCGUGGAAGGCGAGCACGACGCCGUGGGACCUGGGCGGCGUGACGCCGGCUGUAGCGGCGCUCGUGGCGGCGGAAGAGGGGUCGCCCUGCCGCCCUCCAUCCGCCGCGUGCUCGUCCCCGGCUGGGUACGACGUGGAGGCGUUUGCAUCGAAUGGCAGGGAGGCGACGGGACUCGACAUCUCUCCAUCUGCUGUGGCACAUGCAGAGAAGCGGGUGGAUGGGGCGGCGAUGACAUUUGUGUGUGCCGACUUCUUUGAGUACCGCCCAGCACAGCCCUUCCAUGCCGUCUUUGACUACACGUGA